AUGGAACCAAGACGACGUGUUGCCACCCGGUUGGGCCGCAGUGACUCUGCGCCUAGUCACCGACUGUUGGAGGAUGGCAACCGCGAGUCCUACAAUACGGAUCGCAUAAAUUCUGUUGAAGAGUCAUUAGCAGAACUCGAUGGUCGCCUGGGUCAAGUCAACGAACGGCUUGAUCGCGUGCUCGAUGGCAUUCAACUGCUGUCUGGUGUUGUCGAGAGGAAUCAAGAAACGGCGAAUCAGAACACUGAGAUUGUAAGCCAGAUGCAGGCUUUUGCGGAACAGACAGCUACAACUAUUAAUCAUACGGCUCUUGCUCUCCAUGAACUCCAGCAGAACGCUGCAAGUGUGCAGCAAGUGAAUGAGAUGGCAAAUCGAGUUGCCGCUGCUGUUACCGAGAUGCAAAGCCAACAAACUGCUGCUCUUAGAGCUCAUGAGCCCAUGCAAACAGCGCCGGCUACGCCAACCCAAAGACCGACGGCUCACCAAGCAGGAGACGCCAAUAUGUCAUUAGGAGGUCGCAACCGAACACUUCGAAAGAUGGACACCAAACCUCCGACGUUUGACGGCGACAUUGAUGGUGUCAAGCUUAACAGCUUUAUUUUCCAGUUCGAAUCUUAUUUUGCCUUCAAAGGCUACGACCUAGAGCUGGACGGAGUCAUCGUUGGUCUAGACUUGGGCCAAUGUGUGAGAAAGAGCGCCAUCACUUGGUACGAGACGUAUAUGCAGCGUCCAGACACGAUAAAGACGUGGAGUGCCAUGAAGUAUUCUCUUUAA